GAAGCGCAGGCCGGACGGCCCAACUUCCGGCCGCACCAUCCUCAGGCGAGUGGGUCCCGUUAAAGCAGCGGUGGCGGUGCCAAGGCCGUGAGGGAAGUGCCUUUUGUAACACAAAUGGGUGAUGAAAAGGAAUCGUGGAAGGUGAAAACGUUAGAUGAAAUUCUUCAGGAGAAGAAACGCCGGAAGGAGCAGGAAGAAAAAGCAGAUACCAAGCGCCUCAAAAAUUCUGAUGACCGGGAUUCAAAGCGAGAUUCCCUUGAAGAGGGAGAGUUAAGAGAUCACCGUAUGGAGAUCACUAUUAGAAAUUCACCUUACAGGAGAGAAGAUUCUAUGGACGACAGGGGAGAGGAGGACGAUUCGCUGGCAAUCAAACCGCCCCAGCAAAUGUCACGCAAGGAGAAAGCCCACCACAGAAAAGACGAGAAGCGGAAAGAAAAAAGACGACAUCGCAGUCACUCAGCAGAAGGGAAACAUGCUAGGGUGAAAGAGAAAGAACGCGAGCAUGAACGUAGAAAAAGGCACCGCGAAGAGCAGGAUAAGGCCCGUCGCGAAUGGGAGAGGCAGAAAAGGAGAGAAUUGGCUAGGGAGCACUCGCGGAGAGAGAGAACGUUAGUCUUUCACUUCCGUUUAUGUGAACCGUUCUGGGUAGGAAAACCGAUAAAUAAGGCUCCUUCUCCUGAAAGAGAAAAUGAAACUCAACUUGAGCGCAAUUCAUCCGCACGCUGGACUAAUAAAAUUAACGUCGAUACAUGCAAACUCUCUAGAGACCGCUUGGAGCAACUGGAACGAAAACGGGAACGGGAAAGGAAAUUAAGGGAACAGCAGAAGGAGCAGCGAGAGUUGAAAGAACGGGAGAGGCGAGCGGAAGAAAGGAGGAAAGAACGGGAAGCCAGAAGGGAGAUCUCAGGGCAUCAUAGGACAAUGAGGGAAGACUACGGAGAGAAAGUGAGAAUAUGGAGCCGAAGUCCCCUGCGGCAACAGAGGGAAAAGCUUGAACCGUCAGAAAUCAGGAAGCCAGUGAGAGAGGAGAAACCAGAAGGAAAAGACCCUUUGUCAGAUCUCCAGGAUAUCAGUGACAGUGAACGAAAAACCAGCUCGGCUGAAACGUCAUCAGGGGAAUCAGGAUCGGCUUCAGAAGAAGAGGAGGAGGAAGAGGAAGAGGAGGAAGAAGAAUCCAGCAGUGAAGAGUCUGAAGAGGAAGAAGAAGAGGAGGAGGAGGAAGAAGAGGAGACAGGAAGCAAUUCGGAGGAAAUAUCUGAACAGUCAGCUGAAGAGGUGAGCGAAGACGAAAUGACCGAAGAAGAGGAGCGAGAAAAUGGAGACCAUCUUCCACUUGUUACAGAGUCGAGAUUUGACCAGGAUUCUGUGGGAAGCGAAGUUGAGGAAGAUGACAUCGUUGAAGGAAGCCCCCAGUCCAACGCCCUGACGGAAGGCGAAUAUCUUCCCGAUUCCCCCAUCUCCUCGCCAGUAGAACUGAAACGAGAGCUGCCCAAAUAUCUCCCAGCCCUUCAGGGCUGCCGCAGCGUGGAAGAAUUCCAGUGUUUGAACCGGAUCGAGGAAGGGACUUACGGUGUGGUGUACAGAGCAAAAGACAAAAAAACAGAUGAAAUUGUGGCCUUGAAGCGAUUAAAAAUGGAGAAGGAAAAAGAAGGUUUUCCUAUUACUUCCUUAAGAGAGAUCAACACCAUUCUCAAAGCUCAGCACCCGAAUAUUGUCACUGUUAGGGAGAUUGUCGUGGGUAGCAACAUGGACAAGAUCUACAUAGUGAUGAACUACGUUGAACACGACCUCAAAAGCUUGAUGGAAACCAUGAAGCAGCCUUUUCUGCCAGGGGAAGUAAAAACUUUGAUGAUUCAAUUGCUCCGAGGGGUAAAACACCUCCAUGACAACUGGAUUCUGCACCGGGACUUGAAAACUUCUAACCUGCUCUUGAGUCACGCUGGGAUUUUAAAAGUUGGAGAUUUUGGAUUGGCCAGAGAAUAUGGUUCUCCCUUAAAGCCCUACACCCCGGUUGUCGUGACGUUGUGGUACCGAGCGCCCGAGCUCUUACUCGGAGCCAAGGAAUAUUCCACAGCCAUCGACAUGUGGUCUGUGGGUUGCAUCUUCGGAGAGCUGUUAACCCAGAAGCCGCUUUUCCCGGGGAAAUCCGAAAUCGACCAAAUUAAUAAAGUUUUUAAAGACUUGGGAACUCCGAGUGAAAAAAUCUGGCCGGGUUAUAACGAGCUGCCAGCAGUCAAAAAAAUGACCUUCACAGAGUAUCCAUACAACAACCUCCGCAAACGGUUCGGUGCCCUCCUCUCGGAUCAAGGAUUCGAUCUCAUGAAUAAAUUCUUGACCUACUACCCUGGGAGAAGGAUCACUGCCGAAGACGGCUUAAAGCACGAAUAUUUCCGUGAGACCCCACAACCCAUUGACCCCUCCAUGUUUCCAACGUGGCCGGCCAAAAGCGAACAACAGCGAGUGAAACGGGGCACAAGCCCGCGACCUCCAGAAGGAGGACUGGGAUACAGUCAGCUGGUAAGUUCAUCCAAGGAGUGUCAUCGUAAUACAACCAGAUACCUUCCAUUUGCAGAGUUUCUAUACAGCAAAGGGGUAUGUAGAGCAUGCUAACAAUGGAACAGUAAUAGCCAGUUUGGUGUAGUGGGCUAGAAACCAGGAGCUGGGAGUUCUUGUCCCAUCCUGGCCACAAAGCCAGCUGGGUGACCUUGGACCAAUCACCAGGAGAUGGUGAGUUCUAGUCCUGCCUUAGACAUGAAAGCCAACUGGGUGACUUUGGGCUAAUCACCAGGAGACUGGGAAUUCUAGUCCUGCCUUAGGCAUGAAAGCCAGCUGGGUGACUUGGGGUAUUUCACCAGGAGAUGGUGAGUUCUAGUCCUGCUUUAGGCAUAAAAGCCGACUGGGUGACUUUAGGCUAAUCACCAGGAGACUGGAAGUUCUAGUCCUGCCUUAGGCAUGGAAGCCAGCUGGGUGACCUUGGGCCAAUCACCAGGAGAUGGUGAGUUCUAGUCCUGCCUUAGACAUGAAAGCCAACUGGGUGACUUUAAGCUAAUCAACAGGAGACUGAGAGUUCUAGUCCUGCCUUAGGCAUGAAAGCCAGCUGAGUGACUUGGGGUAUUUCACCAGGAGACAGAGAGUUCUAAUCCUGCCUUAGGGUUAAGGUUAGACUCAUAUUUAUGACGGUUGUAGUAUCCUGAGGUCAUGUGAUGGUCUUUUGUGUCCUUCUGACAAGCCAAAUCAAGACAGGAGCCAGAUUCACUUAACAAACACAUGACUGACUUACCACUAGUGAUUCACUUAACAACUGUGGGCAAGGAAGGUCGUAAAAUGGGGCAGAAUUCGCUUAACCACGGACUCCCUUAGCCACAGAAACUUUGGGCUCAGUCGUGGUUGUAAGUCGAUGUAUUGAAACCCUUGGGGUAUGUGUGUCCUUUUUUGCCUUCGCAGGGCGACGAGACAUCAAAGAUACCGGUUUUCAUUUAACGACCACGAACCAAGGAGCAUCAGCCGCAGGACCCGGAUUCAGCCUGAAGUUUUAAAACGGAAAGGGGCCGAAGGCGCGAUCUUUCGAGAGGAACCAGGAGGAAGGGAAAUUGUGUUCUCUGGGGGAACGGAAAAAAAACAAACAGCAGGCUAUGCCGAUUACUUUUUCCUGCAGAAUAUUCUCUGCAGUUGGGACCAGUUUCUGGAUCAAAGUAAAGAAAGUUGGAUUUCCUUUUUAAGGAUUGGAAUUAAUCCGAAAAACCAAGGACCCUUUCGGGGGGGUGGGGAGGAAGGAAAAAAAAAUACAACUACCAUCAUGAGAACAAAAUCCCACUUAACUUCAAGAACUAUUUUUUUUAAAAAAAGAAAACGCCUCUCAUUUCUAUUUAUGUUUUUCCCCCAUUCAGAUUAGGUUUUUUUUUCUCCCUUGUUUGUACAUAUGUAGAAUAAAAAAAGAAAAUGAUUUUUAAUUGUU